AGAUCGUGUCGUUUCUCUCCAAUGCUUGUGCUUUUCUCUGCUUGUCUUGUCUGUGUUGAAGAAAAUGAGCACUUCAAUGAUCCAAAACCUUCCUCUUUUAUUGCCAAAUAAAUAUUUGCGAAAUAUUUAGAGGUGAAACUUUUGGGGGGUUACUGAUAUGUUUUGCUCAUACACAACUUAUCUUUCAAAAUGUAGCAUGAAAAUAUUUUCGAUGUUAUAUAAUCUUUCAAAAAGACGUUACUGUUACCAAAAACGAUCGAACAGUAGCGUUAGCUAAUUUAGUCCGCGACGAUAACGUGCAUGGACUUUUGUUUAUUUUGUAUGUUGGAGGAGUGUUAUGUAUUGCACUGUUGUAUUUGUAGUCUGGAGCCGCUAUUGACUGUAGUGUUUUGCGUUCUGUGGAUAUCGGGCGCCGGUGCGUGGAGUACCGCUGAAGUAGACAUCAUAAACCGUGAUGGCGGUAAUCUCCUUGAAAGACUAGCUUUCAGAUUGGGGGACGGUGAUGUCAGAGCUGGCUGUGGUUUUUGGGGGCUCACGUGGGAUUGGCCGAGCUGUCUCACAGCUGCUGGCUGCUAGGGGUUACAGGGUUGCCGUGGUUUCCAGAAACCUGGAAGCUGCACAGGCUGCCAUGGCAACGCUGCCUGGAGCGGGACAUGUGGCUCUGCACUGUGACGUCUCCAAAGAGCAGGAGGUGCAGGAGGUCUUCCAGAGCAUCCAGAAAACCUGUGGCAGCCUCCAGUACCUCAUCAACGCUGCAGGGAUUAACCGGGACAGGCUGUUGUUGAGGACCGGGCAGGAGGACAUGGUCUCUGUGCUCCACACCAACCUCCUGGGCCCCAUGCUCACCUGCCGAGCUGCACUACGAAACAUGCUGACCAGACAGAGCGGGGCCAUCGUCAACAUAGGGUCGGUGGUGGGGCAGAAGGGGAACGCAGGGCAGUGUGUGUACAGCGCCUCGAAGGCUGGCCUGGAGGGCUUCACCCGCUCGCUCGCCAAAGAAGUGGCAUCUCGCAACAUCCGAGUCAACCUGCUGGCCCCAGGUUUUAUCCGCACAGACAUGACGGCUGGGCUGCAGGAGGAGGUGCUGUGUGGGGGAGUGGCCCUGGGGAGGUUCGGGGAGCCCGAGGAGGUGGCCCGGGCCGUGCUCUUCCUCCUGCAGGCCCCCUACGUGACGGGACAGGUGCUGCUGGUGGACGGGGGGCUGCGAUUGGCCACGUAGAGCCCCUCCGCCGAUGGAGCUGCCUGCUGAUUGGGCAGAUUACCGUACAGGCUGGGGGAUUAUGGGACCGCACUGGAAAUGAGCUGUGAACGGGACUUCAUUUCACCAGAUAAAUACCAAACUAAUAAACACUGCUCUCUGCUC